AUGGCACCAGACAUGUUGAACAACGACAACAACGCCGGCGACGACAAGGAUGUCAUAGUGGAUUGUCUAAUUGUGGGAACUGGACCUGCUGGAGCGUCUCUGGCUUGUUUCCUGGCGCAAAAUGGCCUUACGGGCAUGCUCGUCACUCAAGAUUCCAGCAAUGCCGAUACACCAAGAGCACAUAUCACGAACAUGGCUGCGCUAGAUUGCCUCCGAGACAUCGGCCUGGACAAGCAGUGCUACGACGUAGGAAUGGGCGGUGACACCAUGAUGCACACCCGAUGGUCCAAUGGCUUCGCAGGUGAAGAGUACGCUCGAAUCUAUUCCUGGGGCAACGACCCAAAGAGAAAGGGCGAUUACGAGCGAGCGAGCCCUUCAAGCCCCCUCGACCUCCCUCAGACUCUGCUCGAGCCAAUCCUGGUUCGCCACGCCACUCUGAACGGAUUCAAACUCCGUUUCAACACGUCGUUUGUCUCUUUCGAGAACGACAAGUCAAACGGCUCGAUUCGGACAACCCUUCACGACAACAUCAUCAAUGCAGACUAUGCGGUUCGGUCGAAAUACCUUUUCGGUGCGGACGGAGCGCGAAGUCGCAUCGCUCGUCAACUGGAACUCCCGAUGAUUAAGCGGCCAGGGCAAGGCUUCGCCAUCAACAUCCUGAUCGAAGCGGACCUGAGCCAUCUCAUGGAGCACCGGAAAGGCAACCUCCACUGGGUCCUGACACCCGAGAAAGAGCAUCCUGAGUAUGCGUGGAUCGGCUGCAUGCGCAUGGUGAAGCCCUGGCAUGAGUGGCUCUGCAUCAUCUUCACGGAACCGGAGGCUGAGAAGAAGGCGCGGGAGCCGGGGGAGUAUAUCCAACGUGUGCGUGAGUUUAUCGGCGAUGACUCGGUUGAGGUGACGAUCAAGGGGAUUUCGACGUGGUCCAUCAAUGAAGUGGCGGCGGAGAAGUAUUCGGUCGGCAAUGUUUUCUGUCUGGGCGAUGCGGUCCAUCGCCAUCCUCCGAAUCACGGGCUUGGAUCGAAUACUUGUAUCCAGGAUGCACAUAAUCUGGCGUGGAAGGUGGCUUAUGUUGAGAAAGGAAUUGCUGGCAAACAGCUACUCGAGACCUACAGCGACGAACGGCAGCCCGUUGGCUUGGACGUCGUGACACAGGCAAACGAUUCCCUUCGCAACCACAAAAAGGUCUGGGAGGCCCUCGGGAGCCUGGAGAAAGACCCCCCGUCCCGAGUCGCUUCAUUGCGAGAACUCCAAGAAGACUCCCCAGCCGGACAUGCGCGUCGCGAGCGACUCCGCGCGGCAUUAAAACUCAUCAACCGCGAGGAACACGGCCUGGGCAUCGAGAUGAACCAUCGAUACACAUCCACAGCCAUCUCCAAGACCGGACAAGGCGACGCUCCGACUUUCGACACCGAUCCCCUCGAGCAUUACCACCCAACGACGUACCCCGGCGCCCGCCUGCCACACAUCUGGCUGGGCAAGACGAUUCCGUCAAAGCUCGUCUCGACCAUCGACCUGGCGGGUAAAGGCCACUUCGCGCUGUUUACGGGUGCUGGAGGUCACGGCUGGAGUGCGGCCGUCGAGGAGGCGAGGCGGGAUUUCGGAAUUCCUAUCACGGUCCAUAGGAUCGGCUUCAGACAGGAAUGGGAAGAUGUUUAUGGCGAUUGGGCUGAUGUUCGCGACGUGGAGGAGACGGGGUGUGUGUUGGUUCGACCGGAUUGUUUUGUUGCGUGGCGUUGUCAGAGUUGGAGCGCGGAGGGUGGGAGCGAGCUGGUGCAAGUCCUGAAAUCGGUCCUCUCGAUUGGGGGAUGA